CACAGACUACCCUACGAAAUCAUAUCGUAUCGAUGGGGAGAUUCAACACCGACCCACAAGGUCUUCUGUAAUAAUGCCAGAUGCUUGUUCACCCGAAAUCUUUACUCUGCGCUCAGCCGCAUUCGAAAAGCAGAUGUGUCAAGAUUUGUCUGGGCAGAUCAAAUCAGCAUCAAUCAGGACGAUGUCGAUAAAAGAAAUCAUCAAGUUGGAGUCAUGCGGCACAUAUAUGCGAAUGCAAUACGGACAUUGAUCUGGCUUGGAGAUAACGAUGCAGAA